GUAGUUAAAAAUUAUUCUGCUUCUGCAAUAGUUAAUAUAGUUAAAGAGUAUACCACUGAAAAGCUAGAUAUUAGUAUAAGCGAUGGAUACAGUUGUUGGAAUGUCAGUGAACAUUUUUUCAUUAGUAAUGAAGACAGCGAUAUGGUCACAGAAGUAUUGGUGAUAAUGUGGCAGUUUUGUAGUUUCUGGAAACCUCAAUAUUUUUUAUCAGACCAAAGUAGCGUAGAAGCCAGAAGUAUUAUAACAGCUUUCCCAGGUCUCCAAAAAGGUGAGCAGGAAUAUGAAGUAGUUCUUUGUACCAUACAUGUUAUAUGA